CUUUCACUCACAUCUGAUAUGUGUUUCCAUCUCAUGAAGAUCACACUGGCAUUCUUCAAACUGAGACAAUCUCACCUGAAUCCCAUCUCGGGCAGGGUGCUUUUUAUAACUUGUAAUUUAUUUAUUUUUUCUUUGUUUUGGUAUUUUGUAUCAGAGUACAACUGUAUGCAGUGGUCCCAGCAGUGUAAGAACAAUGUCAUCUCUACUUUCUCAAAACAAAGAUGAGCCGUUCAUCAGAAAAUCGCUCUCUGACUCUUGUCCAGCUUCAUCUGCUGCCAACACCAGAAGCCUGAGGCAUGGAAGGCCGUCUAGAUUGGGCUCAUCUAGCUCAUCUGACGUCUCCAAUGACACAUCAACAAACCAUGCAGAGUCCUACUUUUUACAAAGGGAGAGCAGACUGUCUGCAAAGAAGAAGGCAGAAGAAGAGAAGAUGAACAGUGACUAUAAAAAGAUGUAUGAAAAGGCACUGGCAACAAAUCAAAGGCUUAAGUCCCGACUAGAGACCAGUAAACAAGACCUGGCCACAGUUCAGAACCAGCUGCAGACUGUGCAGAAGGGAAAACCAGAUGAUUGUACUUCAAAAAUGCUAGAAGCAGAGAAAAAGGAAAGUUGGAGCCUUAAAAAGAGGAUAUCAGAUAUGGAAGAACAAUUAAAGUUGGUUCGGAUCAAGGCCAGUCUUUAUUCACACCAGAAGCAAACCGUAUCAGAAUUUGGUUGGAAGCGCUCAGAAACCACCUCAAAAAGUGAAAGCUGAGCUGAAGCUAGAGAACCAGAGGCUGAAGGAUGAGAAUGGGGCUUUAAUCCGUGUCAUUACUAAACUCUCCAAGUAAAACAGGAAGCAGGCGGGGGAGAGAAAGGGGGAACACAUAAAAAGCUAUUUUUAAAUCCAGUAAAGGAAUAAACUGACCUCUGAAAUAACGUCUGAAAGGACUGUGGUUCUGCUGAUGUUCUCUAAACUUUAGGUUUCUUGUACAUUUUUGUUGUGUAAAAUAUUAAUAAAAGGUGUCUACAAAAGGCUGUUGUUCUGGUUUUACAUAAUGUCUGCAGUGACUUAAAAUCAAAUUGUAGAUCUUCAUACUGCUUUUUAUUUAGAAUAGCAACACUUUUGGACACUCAAAGUGUAUUCAGUAUUUUCUUUACAGCUAAAAAAGUAAAUACAUAGCAGUGGAAAUUUUGGUCACUUCAGGUAAAUACAUCAGCUAGAGAAAACUUAUUGACGGAAAAUAAAUUUAAAGCACAUGUUUUUGUGUCUGAGCAAUUUGUGUAAAUUAACAUAUGGCUAGUAUUUUAUAUUAAAUGUCAUUUUUCUUAAAAUCAAAGACUGCUGGAAAGGGACAAGUUAUAUUAUUUUGUAUUAUCUUUGAUUUGGGAGCUUUAUUGUGGAUUUAAAUGCAGUUGACAUAAUUUGCAUCUGCAUUUCUGUUAAUGGUCACUAUUCUACACAGGGACUCUAUUAUAUGUAUUUAUCUACCUAAACUCUGAUCACUGCUAAGUCCUCAUAGUAAGAAUGUGAGAUCUACUGCCUGUUUUGUCAGCAAGUGCUGCUUGCCUGCUUUGAGUUCAUGAAAGAAAACUAUUCAACACUGUCACCUACUGACCAUGAGUUGAAAUGCACUCUUGAUAUGUCUCUCCACACCACACAAGACGCUGAUACACAAAACGUUUUUAUUUGCUGUGAUUACAGUUUGACAACACACAGGUAUGUCCUUUCUUCCUUGAGUUUUAUUAUCUACUUGAGUUAAUUCAUUUUUACGCGUUUCUUUUAGUCUUUCUGUUACUGCAAAAAUGACUUUUCAAUUAAACAAAAUCAUGCAUGUCACAAAAAGGCACAUCUAUUAUUACUCUUCUACAGUAGACCAAAGCAAGAGUGAAGAGAGACAAGGAUUCCCCUUGUCUAUGCUUGAUGGUAAGUUCUGUGUUGGAUGUUAUGCUGACAGAAGAUGGUCGAAUCUGAAAAGAAUGUUGGCAGUAUUGCAUUGUGAAUGUUUGGGUCUGCUCUGUGCUUGAGAGACGCAGGAAGACAUGGGAUUUUGUUGUCUGCAUUUUGAGCAAUGGAACCUAAUUACACAAUUUUGGUCUUAAGAAAUGCAAGAUAAAAUGAAGGAAAAAGCGUUGACACAUAUUAGAGACGCUUCUAAUGAGGUGUCUCUUCACAAAGAAGCAACUUGCAAAUUAAUAUUUUAUCAUUCUCUUUGUUCCUUAGAUGAAUAGAGAUAGUCUAAUUGUUAUUAAAAGUAUAUAUCUCAAUGAGUAAGACUAGUGAAGUUUGAAAAAAAAAAA